CUUCGCAGGUGACGUGGUGUCCGCAUUUCUCACUCGACUCGCCGCGCUCAACCCACCCCUUUUCUUCUUGCGCGACGUGUACUUGGCCGUCACCGACGACGCCGGCUCCACCACCCUCUUUGCGGCGACCGCACCGUGCAGCAGUGCGCCGGGACCUGUGAGCGCGGCCGAGCUGGACCGCUGCACGGUCCGUGAGGGCUGGGCGGGCGGCGGCGCACAGGUCCGUCCUCUGUGCCAGGCGUGGCAACCUCCUCCCGUGGGGGAGCCAUCCGUGGUCUACACCACGGCUGAUUUAUCGUCGAUAACCCGUGAAGCUAUCGGUGCUGCGCGCAGGACGUUACACUUCGAGGAGAGGACUGUACAAGAUGCGGACCAGCUGGACUGCAUUAAGCUGCGCCAGGUGCAGGCUUGUCGCCUGGACGCCAUAGCUGGCGGACCCGGACUGUUCGCUUUGCAUCGCUCCGUGGAAGGAUACGCGUCUCGAAUGGAGGAGGUGGUGGUCUUGGUGCCGGCCGCGGGUCGACCCCGGCUUACGGCUCACAGUCUCGAUUCCGCGAGGGCCUCGCGUCUUGCAUCGUUGCUCGUCAUGCUGCCGGUAGCCGCCUCCAUGGCAGCCCUGGACGCUGAACCUUUCCACAGGGCGCUGAUGCGAGCUGCAGGUCCUCCCCUGGGCCAGAGUGUGACGCCAGGGAAGCGGCGGGUGAUUUUAGGAGCAUGGAUCCUGACGUGCUUCUUCGUGAACAUAGUGUUCCAGGCUAAACUUGACGUGUCGUUUACCACUACUCGCUCGUCCCCACCGAAAGAGAUAAACUCCAUGUCAAGGCUGCUAGCUAGCAACCUCACGAUUGCAUCAAAAUUCGACCUACAUUAUGCCAUAGCUGAUGUUGUGCCUCCCAGACUACUGCAUCGCGUUAAGUUCGUCCGCGAGUCAGAGACAAUACAUUUUGUUCCGGAAGCCGCGGCCCGCCGAGAUGCAGCACUGGUAGUGUUCCUCUCUGACGCCAAAGUCAUCACUACGCUGUAUCCAGAAAGGUUCCACUACUUCAGGCUCAUGGAGACAGUCAGGACUUCCCUCUACUUCUCCAGAGGGUCACCUGCGGGACAGGCCAUCGUCAGGGUCCUUGGCCGCUGGCUUGCCGUGGGCGCCCUCACUCACCAGCCGCAGCUGACAGCGCCUCGGAACAGGCGCGCGCCUCGGCCGCACGCGCCUCUGUCCAUGCUUCAACUUGCGUUGCCUUUCCAGACCUUUGUAGGGGGGCUCGUAGUCGCACUAAUCGUCUUGGUUGGGGAGCAUUUGUAUUCCAUAAGUCACAGCCGCAAAUGCAGUGUACUUCAAUUCUACAAAUAAACAGUUUAAUUACCGACCAGCUGUCCCCACUGGGAUUGACCACGGUCCUCGUCAACCGUCAAGAGGUCUCCUCUCCUCUCACUCAGGGUAGAAGGACAGGUGUCCGGCAAAAUCUACAGUACCGUACACUGUUGUUUAUUUGGCGAGUUACA